AUGGAGGACGUGCGCUACUUCUGGGCAUCGAAGCAAGGCAAUUGCCAGGGCAGGAACCAGUCUUCGUGCUCUGCCGCAGCAGGCUGCGCGUACUCGACCACCACAACUCCACCAGCUUGCUACUCCACGACGAAUCCGCUCAGCUACCCAUACCUGUCCGAGAGUGAGUUCAUCCAGCUGCUCUCUAAUCCGUCUUUGACCGAUCCGACGAUGACCGAGUGGGAGGAGUACCUGGAAUUGAAGACGAACUACCUGAGGAGUGUGAACCGGCGGUACGAAGCUGACUUUGCAGCCCAAUACACCGGCGUCCGGCUCAACUCCGACAAGACUGCCAUCCAGUUCGCUUGGAUCAGCUACAAUGCGACCUUCCCGCGUGAGAACACGGUGGAUGAGGCGAACGAAUGGUACAACCGAUGGCAGACCUUCAAGGACCUUUGGGCACCAAAUCUGGGCGGCUUCCAGACGGCCGAGCUCUACCUGUUCCUGGUGACCCAGAACGAGAUGGUGAAAGCCGCGACCAUGGGCAUUGGCUUGUCCCUCCUCGUCUGCUUCAUUGUGCUCUUGCUGACAACUUGGAACUGGUGGACCUCCACUUUGGGACUUAUCUGUAUCAUCUGCAUCACCGCCACCUUCCUGGGUGUUGUCCCACUGCUUGGCUGGAGUUUGGGCGAGAACGAGUGCAUCUUUAUGAUCGCAACGGUCGGCUUGUCUGUGGAUUAUACAGUGCACAUGCUGCACGCGUACAACAACACGCCAGCGAAGACACGCACUGCCAGGGCCCAUGCAGCUCUUGAAGAGAUGGGCAUCUCGGUAGCGAAUUCAGCCAUCACCACGCUCUUUGCUGCAGCCAUGCUGUUCGCUUGCGGCUUCUACUUCUUCUUCCAGUUCGGAGGCUUCAUCUUCAUGGUCAUCGGCCUUUCGAUUCUCAUGUCGACCAACUUCCUUAUGCCGCUGCUCAUGCUGAUCGGCCCUGAGAACGACCAGGGCACCAUCUACAGCAUGCCCAAGCGCACUACCGUCCAGAAGAUUUCAGAGUGA